AGGGUUUCCACGAUUCCAAUCUUUUUUUAAACCUCAGAUCUUUCGAUUUCUGUAUUCCUCCGUCUUGAAUUCCUUUUGUUGAACUGAGAAAGUGUUCUUUGGCUUCACGAAGAGCCGAUGCCGGAAAUCGAUCUUAUGAGAGUCGAUCAAUGUGUUUCCGAUGUUAAAUUGGAUUCUUCUUCUCCUAAUCCUAUUGAACCUCCUGGAUUCUUCGAUGGUGGUGGUUCUGUAGUUGUCGAUUUGAAGUUAGAUGAAGAAGAUUCCGAUUGUUUGAAGAAGAGAGGUAGACGUGGUCGUCCUCCGAGAACUUUGGCUAAAGCUUCUUCUCCUCCGAUUUCGAGGAAGAGAAGAGAAGAUGAAGAUGUUUGUUUUGUUUGCUUUGAUGGUGGUAGUCUUGUACUUUGCGAUCGUAGGGGAUGUCCAAAAACUUAUCAUCCAGCUUGUGUUAAGCGUACUGAAGCAUUCUUCAGAUCAAGAUCUAAAUGGAAUUGUGGUUGGCACAUAUGUACUACUUGUCAAAAGAAUUCCUUCUACAUGUGUUAUACUUGUCCAUAUUCAGUUUGUAAGAGAUGUGUUAGAAGCUCAGAGUAUGUAGUUGUUAGGGAGAACAAAGGAUUCUGUGGAAUUUGCAUGAAGACUAUAAUGCUUAUUGAGAAUGUAGCUGAAGCUAACGACGAAAAGGUUCAGGUUGAUUUUGAUGAUCAAGGCAGCUGGGAGUAUCUUUUUAAGAUUUACUGGGUUUCUCUUAAAGAAAAGCUAGGUUUAUCGUUAGAUGAUCUUACCAAAGCAAGAAAUCCAUGGAAAUCGUCUUCGUCUACUGCUUCUAAGAGAAGAACUACUUGUCGGGUUCAUGAAAAGGAUGAUGGAAAUUCUCCUGGGGUUAUGAAAGUACGUCGUGCUAAAGUAAGGAAAAUGGAAGCUGUUUCUGUGAGUAAUUUGGGUCCUUCUUUGGUUUCGAACAGUUCUUCGGGUGACAGACUUCCACCAUUGACUAGUGCUGCUACUUGGGCAACAGAUGAGCUCUUGGACUUUGUGGGGUAUAUGAAAAACGGUGAUAUUUCUGUCUUAUCAAAGUAUGAUGUCCAAACUCUCGUGCUAGAGUAUGUGAGACGGAAUAAUCUACAAAGGUCUCCUCAGAAUUCUGAAAUAAUGUGUGACUCUAAGCUUAUGAGAUUGUUUGGGACGGAGCGAGUGGAUAACUUGGAAAUGUUAAAGCUUCUUGAUUCUCACUUCAUCGACCAAGUGAGGUCUCCAGUCACAGAUAACUCAGCCGGAGGAGUCACCGAAACUAUGUCUUUCCAGGUCAAUACGAGCAGAAGCUAUGAUAGGUUGAAUACAUCCGAACAGCAUCAAGAAGGAGAGUCACAGCAAUUGAACCGGCACAGUCUUCAAGUUAGACCUUCCAGUUCUGAUAGCAGAAACCAUGCCGUUGUAAAACCUGACACAUGUGCCACUCUGUCCAAUAAGCCAAUUGAUGGCUUGGAUACGAAUAUGGUAUGGUUAUAUGGAGAUCCAGAUGGGAAGAUUCAUGGACCAUUUUCCUUAUUUAAUCUGCGACAAUGGAAUUCGAGCGGGCAUUUCCCUCCGGAGCUGAGAAUAUGGAGGUUGGGUGAACAGCAAAACAGCUCCAUACUUUUGACCGACGCAUUAAAUGGGCAGUUCCAUAAAACAGGGUUAUUACAGAAUCAUACGAUCCCCAAGCAGGAAGUGACAGCUACAAUAGCUAACGAUCAAAACAGGUCUGUGGCUGUUCCUAAAAUAGAGAGUAGAAUACUUGACUUCAGCCCCAACUCAGUGUGCACUGACCAGAGUGUUAUUUCUAGCAGUAACAGUGUUAUCACAAGGAGCUCGGAUGUGAGUAACAAAAGCGGAAACAAUUUUAGCCACACCUUGCCAUUGGAUUUUUCUUUGUCUAACGAAAGGAAUACUGUGGGUUCUGUCUCUCUCUGGAACAAAAGAAAAGUUGAAAGUCCUUUGCUUGUACAAAGCCCGAUAAGCUGUUCACUUUCGCUGGCUACAUUACCCAGAAACUCAAACUGCUCUCUACCACCACAUGAAAGAUGGAAUGCUGGUCAAACAGAUCCAGAUAGAAACAAUGCAGCGAUGAAUGCUUGCAAUCAAAACGGUAUUGGUCUUAGCGAUGCAGCUGAGAAACAAGUCACGGCUACAGUCCAGUCAUGCGGACAGAACUGGAAUGCUGCAACUCCAAGCAGUGCUUCAAAUGUAUGGGAUUCUAACUCGGGUUUGACGUCGUUCCCAGACAAUCAAGAAAUAGACUUUUUAGAUCUCUUUAGUCCAACUUUCAAAUUCAACUUUGCAUCUACUACCACGGAUUGGCAACCCAUUGUGGCUGGACCUGACGAAUGUGACGAAUCAGUCUCGGAUCUUUUGGCAGAAGUGGAAGCCAUGGAGUCUCAACAACGUCUUCCUUCUCCUACUUCAACAUUCCGUGGUCCUGAAGAAUUAUUAAUCCGGCACUCAAUAAACGAUAGCUUCAGUCCUGCUGAAGGACAUAGCCCAGCACUAGAUGUAAGCAAAGCUACGUCGAAUUUGACGCCGUCACAGAGAUAUGCGGCAAGCGCAUUGUUUGCGAUCGCGCUCAACGAAGCGCAGAUUAGCCAGACUAAGCCAUUCGGAAUCCCGGCCACCAAUCACGGCGGAGGUACCGGAGAAACAGUCAGCAGCGACGGUGAUCCUAUCUUCGAUGACGUGGAUCUCUGGGUCCACGAAGUUUCUGGCCUCCUCCGACCUGUUUUGAGAUGUCUUCAGAUUGAUUCAUCAGCUUGGCAUGGCCUUGAGGAGAUAGCUGCUUCUACUCACGCUAAGGAUCACAUUGGUGCGUUCAUCAAGUUACUCUCAGAGGAUGCGAGUGAUGAUGAUGAUGAUUCUAGUGAAAUGGUGGAGAAAGAGACCGCCUUAGCUAAAGCUAUUGAAGCUAUGGUUCAAAACAUUCGAAGCAGCUCUGUAUCUGUGGAAGCUAAGAUGGAGAAACAUGUGGAAUUCGAAAACGAAUGUCGUGAGAAGUAUUCUGUUCCCGAGGCACAGUCUGGUGUUGAGGUUAAGGAAGUGGAGAGCCAUGGGCAGGGUGAAGUUGGAGAUGGAAGUCACAAUUCUGGGAUCGCUGAACAUGAGAAACCUGUUGAGGAAGUAGCAUUGCUUAGCCAUGAGAGGAAGAUAAAUGUUCUUUACGAGCUACUUUCUGCUUGCUUGGCAGAUAAACAUGAGGAGAACGAGAAAUGUACACGGCGUAGGAAAGGCUAUGAUGCGCGUCACCAUGUUGCUCUGCGGUUACUUGCGACGUGGUUUGACUUUCAGUGGAUUAAAAUGGAAGCAGUUGAAACGAUGUCUGCAUGCUCUGCCAUGGCAUUGCAAAAUUCAAGUGGAAAUAAAGAAGAAGAGUCUCUGUCACCAAAUAGUGAAUGGGCUAAAUGGAAGCGUGGAGGCAUCGUUGGAGCGGCUGCUUUAACAGGGGGUACUUUGAUGGCCAUCACUGGUGGAUUGGCUGCUCCAGCAAUCGCUGCAGGGUUCGGUGCAUUGGCACCAACACUAGGCACGAUAGUUCCGGUAAUUGGAGCCAGUGGGUUUGCUGCAGCUGCUGAGGCUGCCGGAACUGUUGCUGGUUCUGUUGCUGUUGCAGCAUCUUUUGGAGCUGCUGGAGCUGGACUCACAGGGACUAAGAUGGCUAGGAGAACUGGAGACAUUGAGGAGUUUGAAUUUAAAGCCAUUGGAGAAAAUCACAAUCAAGGACGAUUAGCGGUGGAGAUCUUAGUUGCUGGCUUUGUUUUAAAGGAAGAAGACUUUGUAAAACCCUGGGAGGGGUUAACUAGCAACUUGGAAAGGUACACGGUGCAAUGGGAAUCCAAGAAUAUUAUUGCAGUGAGCACUGCAAUACAGGACUGGCUUACUUCAAGAGUUGCUAUGGAGUUGAUGAGACAAGGUGCAAUGCACACCGUACUAAACUCGCUUUUAGCAGCAAUGGUAUGGCCGGCUACAAUCCUUGUAGCUGCUGAUUUCAUAGAUAGUAAAUGGAGUAUUGCUAUUGACAGGUCAGACAAAGCAGGAAAACUUCUUGCUGAAGCGCUUCGAAAAGGGUUGCAAGGAAAUAGACCUGUGACUCUCGUUGGUUUUUCGCUUGGUGCGCGUGUCGUCUUUAAGUGCCUCCAGACUCUGGCCGAGACUGAAAAGAAUGCUGAAAUUGUGGAAAGAGUUGUUCUUCUUGGAGCACCAAUUUCAAUCAAGAACGAGAAUUGGCAAGAUGUAAGAAAGAUGGUGGCUGGAAGAUUCAUUAAUGUUUACGCCACAAAUGAUUGGACCCUCGGAGUUGCAUUUCGUGCAAGUCUGUUGUCCCAAGGAUUAGCUGGAAUCCAACCGGUCUGUAUACCGGGGAUCGAAGAUGUGGAUGUAACCGAUAUGGUGGAAGGUCACUCAUCUUACCUAUGGAAAACUCAACAAAUCCUAGAAAGACUCGAACUCGACAACUCUUACCCCGUUUUUCGAAACACUCUCUAACUAAAUCCAACCUUUAUUACUAGCAUAAUAUCCCCCAUUUUCAUCCAUAUUCAUAGACUAGAUUAACACUCAUGACUCCUAAAUCAGGCAAAACGAAACAUCAUUUCCCUUCUUCUCUCAUUUUCUCCUCAGGUGCGUACAAAUUAUACACUUUCACAUUCCUACAAUUCUUUACAUGAAAACUUCCCUCAUUUUUGAAACCCUACAUGUUCUAGUUUUUUAUCGAAAAACAUCGGUGAAACUCUGUUGACAUAAUAAAGGAGCUUUUUGUCG